CGGGGCGGGCCGGCUCAAAAGCGGUUACGCGAAAGACGCCAUAGCACACUCGUGGUCGACAGAGCCGCGGGGAAAGGACCCCGAGACGCCGACGCCGCCAGGACUUCUCCCGAAACUUCCCUGCUCUCCGUCUCCCCGACACAAGUGCGUCCACCGCGUGCGAGAGUCGACGAUCGCCCGGUUUUGGGUCUCGCUUCGGGUCGGACACCACGCGAGAACCGUCGUCUUCCGCGCCGAGGAAGUAUCACGAAUCGGACUUUCAACUCCCAUCGCCGGGAUCGACCGUCGUCGACUUCAGGCUCCUUCAGAUGACGAUAACGAGGUGGCGCCUCGCGGCGGCCGCGGCGUUGACGGUGCAGACGGUGCUGCUAUGCGCGGGCGGCGGCGCCUGUCUGCAGCUGGCCCCGCCCGUGGCCUCGCCCGACAUAGAGUGCGCCUUGCUCUUGGACCGCCCCGGCACGACCAGCGCCUUCGACUACAACCUGAACCUGCUGCGCGGCAUGUUUGGCUAUGGAGGACCACACACUUGUAUCACGUAUGAUGCUGUGAACCAUGCCUAUAUCCAAGCGAGGAAAAGAAUUAAUGUCGCCCAACCGAACACGCACAUGUGGGCCCCUGAAGAAAUAGCGACGGUCGGAGAGCUGCUACUGGACAUUUCAACCCAACUGGCUAAAAUCUACGGCCUGAGCUACGAGGAGAUCGAGAAGGCGCUGCCCCUGAUCGACACGUCCAAGACGCUGAUCCGGGAGGUGUGCCCGCCCUUCCUGGCAAACGUGGAGUGCCGGCCGGGCAAGUACCGCCGCUACGACGGCCUCUGCACCAACCUGCAGCACCCCACAUGGGGCGCCAAGAACACGCCCUUCACCAGGUUGAUCGGGCCGCUGUUCGCCGACGGCAUGAACGCCCCGCGCAUCAGCGUCACCGGCAACCCCUUGCCGCCGGCCAGGGUCGUGUCGCGCACCGUGCACCCGGACGACGGCUACCACGACCACGCGGGCACCGUCAUGGUGGUCGCCUGGGGACAGUUCAUGGACCACGACUACACCCUCACCGCCACGCCCCUGGACCCGCACAACCGCAACGAGCCCGAGGAGUGCUGCAACAGGCCGCCGCAUCUCAAGAACCCCUACUGCAUGGAGAUCGAUGUCCCAGAGGACGACUACUUCUACAGCCUCUUCAAGCUCCGCUGCCAGGACUUCGUGCGAGGAUUUUCUGCUGUCAGGCCCGGAUGCAGGCUGGGUUCAAGAACGCCGUUCAACACGCUGCCAGGAGUAAUCGACGGGAAUACAGUAUACGGAGCCUCUGAAAAAUUUGCUAAGUUCUUGCGCACUGGCUACGGGGGCUUGCUGAGGAUGAACCCAGUGUUCGCCGAGUACGGGCUGAAGGACCUGCUUCCUCUGAAACUGGACAUCCCUGACGAGGGCUGCACCAGGCCCAACAAGUCCAUGUACUGCUUCGACGGAGGCGAGAUCCGAGUGAACGAGCAGCUGGUGCUGACGUGCAUGCACACGCUGAUGGCGCGCGAACACAACAGAGUCGCCACGGCUCUGGGGCAGAUCAACCCCCACUGGGACGACGAGACGAUCUACCAGGAAGCCCGCAGGAUCACCAUAGCAGAGAUACAGCACAUCACGUACAACGAGUUCCUGCCCAUUCUCCUGGGGAAGGAGGUCAUGGACAAGUUUGGGCUGCUUCUGCAGAAACAGGGCUAUUGGGAUGGUUACGACCCUAACGUGAACCCCAACGUAAUCGACGCUUUUGCCGCUGCAGCCUUUCGAUUCGGCCAUUCCCUGUUGCCGACAGCCGUCGAGCGAUGGAGCAAGGCGCACAAGUUCAUUGCAUCCAAGAGACUGUCGGACUUGAUCCGUCAGCCCUACGACCUCUACCGAGCUGGAGUCCUGGACGAGUACUUCAUGGGCCUGAUGAACCAAGUGGCGCAGGCGAUGGACGACUCCAUCACACAAGAGGUAACCAGUCAUUUGUUCAAGAAACCCGGGGCUAGGUUUGGCAUGGAUCUGGUAGCGUUCAACAUGCAACGAGGAAGAGAUUUCGGUCUGCCAGGCUACAUGGAAUUCAGGAAAUUCUGCGGCCUUAGUGGAGCUGACAAUUUCAACGACCUCUUUGGCACUAUGUCCAACACCACGAUAAACAGAUACGACUCCAUAUAUGUGCACCCGUCUGACGUGGAUCUGUGGUCGGGGGGCGUGUCGGAGAGACCCCUGCCAGGCAGCAUGCUGGGACCCACCUUCGCCUGCAUCAUCGCCACGCAGUUCAGCUACUCGAGGAGAGGGGACAGGUUCUGGUACGAGCUGCCCAACCAGCCUUCGUCCUUCACGCCAGAACAACUUCAAGAGAUCCGGAAGUUGAAGCUGUCGAGAGUGAUAUGCGACAACACCGACCUCAUAGACACCAUACAAGUGUACCCCAUGGUGCUGCCUGACCAUGAGAUCAACCCGAGGGUGCCUUGCAGAAGCGGGAUCCUACCGUCAAUAGACCUGACCAAGUGGGCGGAGUCCCCGGCUGGACCUGCACUGCUGCUCGACCAGCUGGGCAAGAAGAAGAAGAAGUAGUCGACCAUAACCUCACUUCGCCAACCACCACCACGCGCCACGGGCUACAAACCAGUCCACUAAACGGCACUCAUUACAUGGAACUCUACACAGAGAGAAGAGUAAAAACGAAGGAAGGAGCUUGUUGGAGGGGGGGGGGGGGGGUGUUGUGAAAAAUCUACAUCACUUCACUCUCCGGAAACGGAUGUAACCGCACGUCAUCUGUCGACCGUCCCGCGGAGAAGUUUUUUUUGUACAUAAUUUUGACACUGUUUACGUUAGCCUCUGCCUUAAAUGUCAUGUUGGUUAUUACAUUUUCUUGUCAUCACUUUUAUUAAAGCUAUAUCAGAAAAA